GUGUUGGCAUGGAAUAGAGGAUGAAGAGACACUUCCUGAGCAGAGUGUUUCUGCAAAAGGAAUAUCACAGCACAGGGAUGACAUGAUAUCAAUAGCAUCCUCCAAGAAGAUUCAUUUGACACAUUGGCAACACAUUCUUCACCUGUUAUUCCCGUGGAGUGGAGGAUGAAGAGGCACCUUUUGAGCAAAGCAUUUCUGUAGGAGUGUCAAGUGUUAGUACUUGCAAUACAGGUUUAUCUGUCCAAGCAGCUCAUACUUGUGACACAUGUGGCCCUGUCUUGAAAGACAUUUUGCCUCUUCCUGAACCCCAGGGACCACAUUGUGGACUGAAACCUUACUCAUGUGGUGCAUGUGGGAAACAAUUCUGGUUCAGUGCAAACUUUUAUCAGCACCAGGAGCAUUACAAUUCUGUAGAGACAUUCUUAAGAGACAAAGGCAAGGCCUCAUUUGUGAAGAACUAGAGAGUUUGUGAAGAACCUCAUCUGUCAGAGAAAUUCUUUAUAUAUGAAGAAGAGCAAAAAGACUUCCAGGCCAAUUUGGGUAGUCAUCGGCAGAAGGCCAUCCAUAGCAAGAGGAAGACUCUCAGGAACACUCAAGUGGGAAGGCCUUUCAUGUGGGACAAAUGCAUUACAGGUGCAGUGAAUGUGAUAAAGCAUUCAACCGCAAAGAUACACUUGUCCAGCACCAGAGAAUCCAUAGUGGAGAAAAGCCUUAUGAAUGUAGUGAAUGUAGGAAAGCCUUCAGCCGCAAAGCCACACUUGUUCAGCAUCAAAGAAUCCACACUGGAGAAAGGCCUUAUGAGUGUAAUGAAUGUGGAAAAACCUUCAGUCGAAAAGACAACCUUACUCAGCACAAAAGAAUCCACACUGGAGAAAUGCCUUAUAAGUGCAGUGAAUGUGGGAAAUACUUUAGCCAUCACUCCAACCUAAUUGUACACCAGAGAGUUCACAAUGGAGCAAGGCCUUAUAAGUGCAACAAUUGUGGGAAGGUCUUCAGGCAUAAAUCCACACUCGUUCAGCAUGAGAGUAUUCACACUGGAGAAAAUCCUUAUGAUUGCAGUGAUUGUGGGAAAUCCUUUGGUCACAAAUACACCCUCAUUAAACAUCAGAGAAUACACACUGAGGCAAAGCCUUUUGCAUGCAUUGAAUGUGGGAAAUUCUUUAGUAGAAGCUCUGACUUUAUUGCACACCAGAGGGUUCACACUGGUGAAAGGCCUUUUGUGUGCAGCAAAUGUGGAAAAGACUUCAUUAGAACUUCCCAUCUUGUUCGACACCAAAGAGUUCACACUGGAGAAAGGCCAUACGAAUGCAGUGAAUGUGGAAAAGCCUAUAGCUUAAGCUCCCACCUCAUUCGGCACCAGAAAGUUCACACUGCAGGCAGGCUUUAGGAGUGAUUUUUUUUUUUUCAAUUUUUUUUUUAAUUUGCCAGAAGGUAUGUGCACUCACUGGGGAGAGA